UUGGUGCGUGUGAGUCCGGUGUGAUGGGGGACCGGAGCCGGUUGUGCUCCGUGUGGCUCGGCUCGGAGACCGGGAUCCUGAAGGGGGUCAGCCUGUCCCGGAAACAGGCCUUCAACUUCUGCAACACGAGCCACCUGAGCCGAGACCAGGAGGUCCGCGCGCUGUGCUGGGGGGACGCGGCGGAGAGCGAGCUGCUGGUGGGCUGCGUGGACGCCACCGUGAAGACGUUCAGCGUGGAGAAGGGCGCGUUCACCGAGAGCCGGCGCUGCGGGGACCCGGCGGAGGGCUGCUUCUCCGGGCUAGCGGCGCUGGGCGGCGGCGCACUGGUGACCUGCGCGGAGAGCGGUGUGCUGCGCGUGUGGAGGGAAGAGGGCGGCGACGAGCCCGUGACACAGCUGGACGCCGGGAAGAACGUGUGCAGGAUGCGGCAGAGCCCGACGAACCCAAACAAGGUGGCCACCGGAGGGAAGGAGAACGGCCUGAAGAUCUGGGACCUACAGAGGCCCGAGCAGCCCGCGUUCAGCGCCAAGAACCUCCGGGACGACUGGCUGGACCUCCGGCGGCCCUACUGGGUCCGGGACAUGGCCUUCAUCCCGGACUCCGACAAAGUGGUCACCUGCACGGGUUACCACCAGGUGCACGUGUUCGACCCCUCGUCUCCUCAGAAGCGUCCUGUCCUGGAGGCGGAGUAUGGCGAGUACCCGCUCACCGCUCUCUCUCUGACACCUGACGGCACAGCGGUGGCGGUGGGCAACACCCAGGGUCACAUCGCCCUGCUGGACCUGAGGAAGGGGGUGGUGCGUGGCUGUCUCAAAGGGCUGGCGGGCGGCGUGCGGGGGCUUCAGUGCCACGCCUCCCAGCCGUUGGUGGCAUCCUGCGGCCUGGACCGCUUCCUGCGCAUCCACAGCCUGGAGGACCGCAAACUGCAGCACAAAGUCUACCUCAAGUCCCGCCUCAACUGCCUCCUGCUCGCCAGCCAAGACCUGGAGGAGGGAGGGGCAACUUCAGGGGAGGCGGAGUCUGAGGUAAAGGAGGAGGAAGACGAAGGUGAUGAUGUGUGGGACGCUAUGGAGCGGGUGGAGGAGAGGCAGAAGAGGAAAACGACAGAAGACAAAGACACAAGGAAGAAGAGGAAGAAGGCACAGGACUGAGAGGCGUUUGAGGUGUGAGAGGACAGUGGGACGUUUAACCGCUGUAGCUGGUGGCUUGUAAGCAGCGUUUAUUCAGAUUGGAGGCCUUACUUUUAUUUUGAAAAGCUUCAGGUACUGGGUAGAUGUUUCUCACCUGUGAACAGGUAGAGUCUGCGUCUGCCUGGGGAGACAAAUGUAUGAGUGCCCUAAAACGUCUUUGUUGUUUUUUAUGAUUGUAAUUAUUGAAAAUACACAUGUGUAAUUAUGAUUAAAGGAGUCUCUGCUUCCUG